AUGGACAAGCAUUACCAGACAUCAAGGGCUACAGACAACCAAACACCGCCGAUGAUAUUGCACUACGGAACUUCCGGGUCAAAGAAUACCGUGCCACUCACAAUACAUUCGAUCAUUUUUGGAAUUGCCUUCGUGGCCGUAUCAUGGGGCCUCACUAAAACGACUGGAGGACUUAUUAGGAACAUCUUUGCACCGAUAUUCUCGAGCGGCAUGACGGUGCGCUGCUCAGCCUUCGACCCCACCACAUUCUGGGACGUCGUGGAGAGCCUCAAUCCUACCUGGUACUAUGCCUCGCUUUCUAUGCACUCUGUCAUCCUGAGCGAGGGCUAG